AUGACCAUUCACAAUCAAAAGCAGAACGAGUCUCUACUAAGCCGCCUAAGAACAGCGGUGCAAAAAGUGAAGUUUCUUUUAAGCUCCACCAUACUCAACCACACAUGGAACGCAGCAAAAAUGCUUGGAAGUUCUUCUUUAAAUAAACGCCAAAUCAGUUUCAAUGAUCAUGGUUUGUUGGUGUGUUCUUCCGAUGAAACGGAUUCGGAGGAAUCUGUUUCUCCAUCUCAGCCUUGUCUUCAGAGGACUAUAAGUUUUCCUUCAGAUGAUGAUAUUGAUAAGAGAGCAGAGAUUUUCAUAGCUAAUUUCAGACAGCAGCUUCGGUUAGAGAGACAAAUCUCCUUACAACUACGUUAUUGCAGGGAAUAA